UCAAUCUACCAUCCAAUCAAAAAAUCAGGUCGCGCUAAACAAAGAAAAAAAAAAUUAUGUAACAGACAAACAUAGCGAAGUUACAUACAGAAAGAAACCAAACAAAGAGAAAAUAAAAGUUUUUUCUGUAUAUUUUUAAAAUUAAAGUAAAUUGGAGCUGAAGCAGAGUAAAGGCACGGAUUAGACCCCUUUUUCUUCAAAAAGAAUAAAAAAGAAAAAUUAUAGACAGAGACAGUAGAAGACAAGAAACCCUUUGAGUUCCAAAAAUGUCAGAUAGAAACUGAAUCCCCUCCCUCCCUCCCUACCCUUCUCUUUCUAGUCAUCUCCAUCUUCUCCAACGCUAAUCCAUGAAUCCCAACAAAACCCAAGACCACAUCUUCCAUCAACACCAUGGUAUGGGCCCAUCUUCCCACAUCAUCCACUCCCAAUCACAGCCCUCCAUUCCUCUUCACGAUGACCCUUCCUUCUCCCUCCCCGAAAUCGUCCUUUUCCGCUCCUCUCCCUCGGCCGACUCCCCCACCCCUUGCGAUUCCGAUAACGACGAUGCCGCCACUGCUCACCCCCCUCUUUCCUCCACCCCUUCAACUGACCUAACAACCCCUUCCCAUCAAAUUACCAAUCAGCCCCUCGGCUACAUUAGCCCCGAGCCUCACAUUUCCUCUCAGUUCUACACCUUCAACGCUGAGUCUCAUUCCCUCAUGAUCCGUUGCAUCCGCGAGCAGCGUUUGGCCACACCAGCUGAGAUCCGAGCCGCCACGCCGCGCUCCGUCCUCAAAUCCUGGCGCGCCGUCUGGAAGGACCGCAACGAAGACACUGCUUACCUAACUGCCUGGAAGCGGAUCCAGGACAAGCUCACGGCUCACGUCGACCCCAAUUCUGGUAACGAAUUCCUUUGCUUCAAAAACAAUUCCAAUCAAUUCGUUUCCCAUGUUAAUCAAUGGCAAGAUAUCGUUAUGAGUUUCCACGGAGACGCCGAUUUAAAGCACUUAGGGCUUAAAGAAACAAUAGAGAGAAUUAAACAAGUUUGGACUGUAGGUGCUAAGUUCUACGGUAUUCCCGAGAGUUACAUUAGGGGUUGUGUUGCGGCGUGCCCUGUGUGCAAUGCUUCCUCGGGCUCUGCUUCCAGGAGCAAACGCCGCCGUUUUGAGUACACAGAGUCUUUUGACGUGCCUGCAAAGGAGGUACCUCAUAGGUUGCAGCAGUUGGCUGCAAAGCACAAGGUUGUGCUCUGUAUAAGACAGAAGUAUAUAAGGUAUAAGCCCUUUAUGGCUGAGGUGAAGGAUUAUGCUUGUCAUCGAGCUGGGGAGCCUGCAGCAAAGAAGUCAAGGAUUUUGAAGAGGGAACCUUAUGCAUCUAAGAGGUGUGGUUGUGGAUUUAGAAUUAGGGCAAUAGUGCCAAUUGCCAAUUAUAACGAGAAGGAGAAGACAUUUGUAUAUCAAGAGGAAGGGAUGGCUGUCUUUAAGUUGUAUGCGGUACACUCCGGGCAUGAGCCAGGGCCACUAGACGGGAAUGCAAGGAUUAUGCAUAGGGUUGUUGGGCAUAAGGGAGGAUUUGUGAUGGACCAAGAUAUGGUUUAUGGGGUAAGUGAGGAUUUGGAUAGCGAGGGGUUUGGGUUGAUGGGAAAGGAACAAGGAGACUUGCAGCUUGCCAUUUUGCAGCAGGUGCGAGAGUUGAGAGCUGAAAUUGGGUUGUUAGAAGGGAGGAUCGGCAAGAUUCCUCAUCAGUUACUGGGUUCAGUAUCUAGGGAGCUGUUUGAGAUUUUAAGUAAAGUUAGAAGUUUUGGAGAAGAGGGUCCAAAGUCAAUUGGAUUGCUGUCUGACAAGCCUCAUCCUGAUGACUUGUUGGUAGAAGAAAAUGAUUUGGCGCACUGGGCUGAUGACCACCAUGAUCGGAUAUAUGGGGAUGGAAAGGAUGCUGAAUUGAUUGAAGAUGAUGAUGACAGUUUUGGAAGGACACUUGGGGAUGUUGUUCCUUGGGACCAAAUGAGGACGGAUAGAAGGAGUCAGAAGGAUUUGAUGAGUGAGCCUUGUAAGAUGGAUAAGUGGUUGAAAUGCAGUGAUUUUGACGAGAAGAGCAUUCUUGACUGCGAGGAUACUAAACUAACCAAGUCCAUGAGACAUGAUGAUUGCAUAGGGACAGAUGUAGGUCUUGUUGGCAUUCAGGUUGAUAGUUUCUACCAAGAUAACCCCAAAUGGUAUGAUUCUCCUUGUGGAUUAGAUUCCAGCACAGACUGUGGUGACAGUGGAUUUAGACAUGGAGAGAUUGUGUAGAAUCCUGAUGAGCUUGGUUAACCCACUCUAACAUAAACAUGAAUUUAUAUUGUCCUCUUCAUCCCUUCUCACAGCUACCACUGGAUUGUACAUUUAUGUAUACUGAUGAUUGGAGCUUCUCACAAGCUUGUAGGUGUCGUGUUUGGUUCUGUAAAGUAUAGCCAAUUGGGCUCAUCUGCACAUACCUUAUUCAUAACUAUUUGUUGACCGUGUUGUGGA